CGCGUAUUUGUGUUUGUGUGGGCGUUGUUGUUAGCUGGUUGGUUGGUUGCGGCCCGAUGGACGAGCGGGCGUUGUUGCGCUGGCAUGCGUGGCGGCAGCUGCCUGGUGUUGCGCCCUUUGUGGGGUCGUCUCGCAGCAAGCACGCCGCUGUGACCGUGGGUGAUGGGCUCUUUAUCCAUGGCGGCGACUCUGGCUCCACCAUGCUUGGCGACAUGUUGCGCUUUGACGUGCACGAUCAUUCCUGGAGCAGCUGCCAGACUGUCAAGGGCGAUUCGCCAUCGCCUCGGUACCACCACAGCGCCGUCGUUUACAAGCACUCCAUCUACUGCUUUGGCGGAUACACAGGGGACAUCUUCUCCAACUCAAAUCUGGAGAACCGCAACGACCUCUAUCAACACUUUCCAGACAAGGGCAUGUGGCGCCCCAUCAUCCUGGCAGAUGGAUCAAACACGCCGCCCGCGCGGUCUGCGCAGUGCUGUGCAAUGUAUGGCAGCUGGAUGUACGUCUUUGCUGGCUUCGAUGGCAGUGACAGGCUCAACGACAUGUGGCGCAUUGACUUGUCUGCAAACGACAAGCGAUGGGAGCGCGUCAACCAGCAAGGCGACGUCCCGCCCCCGUGCUGCAACAUGCCCUGCGCCACAUCGACUACCACCAUGUUCAUCUUCUCUGGCAUGUCCGGAAAAUUCAGCUCCAACCAGCUGCACGCCUUUGACUUUGGGUCGCACACGUGGCGACGAAUUGAAUUCCUCUCGCAGUUUCAUGGGGGCGGGGAACCUCCAUCGCGCCGGUUUGGCCACUCCAUGGUCCACCACAACAACAAUCUCUGGAUCUUUGGUGGCUGUGCCGACAACAUGCUCACAAACUCAAUCUACAGAUUUGAUCUGGCCAAACGCGUCUGGUGCCGGAUUGUGCCAGAGGAGAGCGCGUUUACGCCAAGCGGACGCUGCUUCCACUCCGCAUGCGUUGCCGCCGACACCAUGUAUGUUUUCGGCGGUACGUUGGACGUGUCGCACAGCACACGCAGCGGGCACAUGUUCUGCCUGUCCCUCGUCGAGCCGGAGCAGCCAUCACUGAUGAAAGACAUUGGCAGUCUGCACGUGACUGGCAUGCUUGCCGACGUGUACUUGCACCCGCGUCACCGCACCCCUGGCGAUGAUGGCUGUGGUGGUGGUGAUGAUGGUGACGGUGACAUGAAGGGGCGCGUUGAUUGCGGUGAAGGUGGCGGUGCGAGAAGACAGGCAGCACAAGGAAAGGAGAACCACGACGAUGAUGAUGACGACGACGAGAACGAUGAUGGUGGUGGUGAUGAUGGUGGGGAGAAUGCAGGUGAAAGCAUUUCUUGUGGCAGAGGUGCUGGUGGUUGUGGGGUGCAGUGCCAUGCUGCCCUGAUGGCCGUGCGAAGCGACGUGUUGCGGACACGGAUACGCGAGGCGCUCGCAAAGCAGCAGCAGCAGCAGCAGCAGCAGCAGCAGCAGCGACGACGGCAGAGACGCGGUGUUGGUGUUGGUGUUGGUGUCGGCGAUGGCGCACGGGGUGGUGGCGGUGCAACAGCUAGCGGUGAAGGAAGGGAGGGCAGUGAUGGUGGCGAAGGCAGUGCACGCAGUGAUGGUAGGGGCGAGGCAACAGAGGCUGGCAGCUGCAUUGAAGCGACGGAUGCUGCUGAUGAGCCAGUGCACACGACACACGAGGCUGACCAACAGCAACAACAGCAACAACAGCAAGAGCAGCAAGAGCACCAGCAAGAACAGCAACAACAACAACAGCAACAGCAACAGCAGCCACAGCUGUCUGCGUUCAAGCUGCGCCCAAGGCCAUCAGCGCCACUGCACCUUGUGGUGGCGGAAGCAGCGUCCACAUCCACGUUGCAGGCCCUGGUGCACUUCUGCUACACAGACACGCUGCCGGAAUGGCUUGACGUGACGCUGGCCACCAACAGCACCAUCGCCAACCUGCUUGACCUGUGCAGCCUUGCCGACCACAUGCACGUGGCGCGGCUCAAGGCGCUCUGCGUGGCAUGCGUCCGCAUCAACACACGCGUGGACAACGUGCUCACCAUCCUGCAGGCCGUCACCCGCCGCAACAUGAUGGACGUGCGACAACACCUGCUCGACUUUGUGCUGCGGCCAUGCAACUACCGGCACGUGGUCAUGUCGCCGGAAUUUGAGCACCUCCCACGCGAUGUCAUUGUGGAGCUGGUGCGGCAGCACGAGCUCACCCACGGCGCAGCAACUCUGCGCACCGCAGCAGCCAUGUCACCACCGAACACGGGUGGCACGACUGCGACGACAACCACGGCCACGAUGGGCGGAAGCGCGAGAGUGAGCGGCAGUGGGAGUGGGAGCACAAUGGGCCGUGGAAGCGGCAUUGCGACAUCACCAUCUCCGCUCUCCCGCCAGUCGUCCUCCACCCGCAUCCUACUGGAGCUGACGGGGGACGCGGGACGCAGUGGCAGCGGUGGCAGCGGUGGCAUCAGUGGCGGCGGUGGUGCAGACCAUAUCCAGCGUGCGCUGUUUCGUCUCUUUGACCGCGUGUUGGAGUCGUUUGUGCUGACACACGCACAAGGCCCAUCGCGCACCACGAGCGAAUCAAAACGUGACGCACUGCUUGAUCCAGACACGCUGGUUGAAUUUGACGGCGGCGUGUGUCGCGUGCAUGCAUGCAUUGUGGCAGCGCGCUGCGGCUACUUUGCAUCGCUGUUCCGCUCAGGCAUGGUGGAGGCGCGGUCCAACUGUGUCCGCCUUCUCCUGGGCGACCGCUUGCUCUCUCCUUCUGCAGCCAAGCAUCUUCUCUGUUACGUCUACUUGGGCGAAGUCGAGGCCGUCUCUCCUCAGGAUGCGGUGGUGUUGGCCUCGUGCGCCAACUACUUUUCCUUCUCAACAGCACACCUGCACGACACGUGUCAUCAGCGGAUCCAGGCGACGUUGUCAACGUCCAAUGCCGUGCCGGUGCUUAAAGCUGCUGCUCUUGUGCACAACGAUGAUGCCAAAGAACAAGCCAUGGCCAUCAUUGUCAAGAACCUGCCCCAACUCUCACAACAGAGCGACUUUGACACUCUUGACAAGCAGCUCUUGCUCGAUGUCCUCAAGCGUGUCGCCGAAGCACCGCGUGUGCCAGCAUGCACCACAGCCAGCACAACCGCCCAUGAAACAACCGUGUAAUGCCGAUUUCCGUUAAAAGAUAUACACGAAUCUUCAGUAUUG